AUGUGUCGCUCCGCGAGUGUGUUGCUGCUCCUGGCCCUGUACGUGUUCGCCCAAUUCGAGCGUGCAGUGUGUGCGGAUGUUCCCGACGCUGAAAAGGAGGUCUGCGGAUUCAAGCAGAUCCUGGUGGAGGCCACCAUCAGAGGGUGGCUGGCAGCGUUCGAGAAAUGCCCCCUCGACAAAGGGUGCGAAAUCGAACAGCACAAAACACAGUUCGAGCAGAUCAGUUUGCGCUGUUCGCUAGCAUCGAAAUCGAAACAAACAGCAGCAGCAGCCGCAGCAUCUGGCGCCACUGGCCUGAAGGAGUUGUUGCCAAACAUUGAAGCAGCCAUGCAUAAUCUGAAGGCGAUGUUCGAACCGACCAAGGCAGAUCUGGCAAAGCUGGACAAGCUGUUCGAUCAGCAGGUGCGUGCGGCGUGGAAUGAAGUGGCCGCUUUGCAGUCGGCAGUGUUUCGCAGCACCCUCGCAUCGGGCCGCACAGAGCGGGCCGUACUGUACAGCUUCCUCGAAGGGGACAGCAAUCCCCGGCUGGACGGCCACUUCCAGCCGUCCAACGUGCAAGAAUUGCUCACGUACGCUUGGGCACUGCCUUUGAAAACUUUGCAGCGGAACGUGUACGGCACGGUGGAGAAACUGGUGCACUCGUCCAGCGACCCACUGCUCCAAACGCUCUACACGGUCGAUGUGGGCAACGUGGAUAACGCCGUGCUGGGAAGUCGAGAGCAUCUGCUCAACGACCAUGUGCAGCAGCUACGGGACCGCCUGGCCACAAACUCCUUCGAGACGCUCGUUUCCUUCGCAAGACGCUUCCCGGAGCGGUUCGCCCACCUGACUGCACGGUUGUUCAAGCUGCCCGACGGAACCAAACCCAGCGCCGGCACACUGCCCGCCGUGGUCAACUUCAUCGGACAGCUUCCCACCGCGGAGCAACGGUUCCGUGCGGUGGAUGCGCUACUGCAGACACUUACGGCCGAAAACGGUACGCUCGUCGCGGACGCCGAGUACGUGUAUCCGCUCGCGGCACUCGCCCAUGCUAUGCAACCGCUGGUGGACACGGCCAAAAAAUCGCCGGAUGCGGAUCACCUGAGGGACAGAUUUAACACCCCCGUCGAUGGGAAGUCCGCGCAGUACUACACGCAGCUGCUUACCAACCCGUCCUCUGCGGUAGCCGCCUCCAAGUAG